AUGGCCGAGUCUAGCCAGUCCCACGCCCUGGUCCGGAAGAGGCAAGACACAGAGCUGAUGGCUCCUCCGCCACCUAUCAAGAAGAUCAAGAGACCAAAACAGGUACUUGAUGAAGACAGUUACACCGAGUCUCUUUCACAAAUCAUAGCCAGAGACUUCUUUCCUGGCUUGCUAGAGACGGAAAUCCAGCAGGAGUAUUUGGACGCCCUCGACUCAAAGGAUACCGCCUGGAUAUCAAGUGCCGGCCAACGCUUGCGCCACGUUAAUAUGUUGAAGAAGACGGGGAAAUCUAUUAGUCUGCGCCCGUCUGUAGACGCUGGGAAAACACCAAUGACAUUUACAGGCGAUACACCGGCGUCCAUUGUGACACAGGCCGUGGAGGAAGGCCUGGCAGUCGGAGCUCACAUGAGCCUCACCAAAUUUCAAGAAACAUACACUAGCGAAGACAACGAAAGCUUCUACAAGCUCGUUGACAAGCAAAAUCAGAAAAAGGCCGACAAAUAUGACUGGUUAUGGCGCGGCAACAAGAUGCCUUCAAAGCAAAUGAUUGCGCAGAAAGCAGUCACAGAUCGCUUGGCGCAGGAUGGAAAACUCAUCGACGACGGCUUCAUGAAACGCGAUAGGCUGGCAAUCAAAGAUAGCGAUGAUCGGCCGGCACGUCCAGACGGCUGGAAAUCGGAACCCCGAAACAGCCUGAUGUUCGGGCCCAGGGAUCUGGACGAUGGCAUAGAGACCAGGGCGCAAGCCGCAGACGCUGCCUCUAGAUCUGGACCAAAAACAGUUGUAUAUGCCAAUACCCGCGUUCCACAGCCUCAUCUCCCACAGCGUCCGCCAUCGCCGACGAUGUCUUCUAUAAGAGACGCUAUUUCUGGAAGGCCUCGUGCUAAAGACUCGUUUUCCAGCGCAGCCGGUGGUGGCGAAACGCCGCGGGUCAAUGGCUACGCCUUUGUGGAUGAUGAAGACGACGACGACGCGCUGGCGAAGGAGGAGCCCGUCAUUGACCUGGGUCCUGGUGACUCAAACAACCCAUUCAAAAUUCAGGAUCGUGGAAAAGGGGAUGUUUUGCACGAAAAGAUAGUGGAUCGAAUAGCCAAGUCGAAUCGAGAGUCUUCCCGCAAUGGCUUCACCGGCCGCUCCGAGCACUUGGAUGUUCCCACGUUUCCUAGCAGCCCUCGGGUUUCGUCGGACUUGACGCCCGCAGCGCGGCGUCUUUGGAGCAAAAUGGGAACACCAAAGGGGAGAACACCAAGCACCUCGUUUGCCGCUUGCCCUACCUUCUCGGGGUCCACUGGCCUGCUGAGCGUCUCGCGGUCCGUUGCCACCAAGCAUGUUGCCCUACGGGGGCGGCAGCUGCAGCGAUACCGCGGCGUCGUCGACCUGAAGAACAAGGCCGAGGCCGCGGGCGCAGAAGUGUCCGACCAGGUCAACACCCAAUUGAACUCGAUCAAGGUCGACACCACCAACCCCCAUAACAUCGCCCCGAGAACAAAGCCCCGGCCAGCAGCUCCGCCAACGCCGGAGCCGGCGAGCCCCUCGGCGGAGAGCAGAUAUGCGCAAGCGUCGCGCGAGUUCAAUGCCGCGGCCAAGCCCAAUGUGGAAGAGUUGGGUCUUCCUCGCGGCGUCGAUGUCAAUAUAUUCCAUACAACCCGGGGCUCACAGAUCCUGGACUCAGUGCGCAAGCAGCGUCAUCAGCAGGCCGCCGCUUCGGCUGGGGGUCCUGCAAAGGAACACCCGCUACGGCACUGGGGAAGCUCGCCUCCCAUUCCCCAGGGGCCAGUCGCUGUCAAGACCGAGCCGUUAGUAAACGAGAAGCCGAUUGAGCCAGAGAAGCCCGAAUCGAUCAAGACAAGUGUGGCAGCAGCUACCGCAUCCGAGCAACCCAUCAUCGAGGCAAUUGCACAGGCCGCCAAGGGCGACUCUAGACCAGCCUAUCAACUCCGAGAAUCAAGCGUCCCUUCCUCUCGUAUGAGCCGUUUAUGGAACUACGGUGGUCUAGCCGCCGGCAUGUUCGGCGGUGCCAUCUCCGAGAGCGUGAGCAGAGCAUUUGGCGGUGGGGGGGAAGGCAGCGUCCUACUCAGCGGCGGCAACAUGGAACGCCUCGUCUCUAAGCUGUCCCGCAUGCGCGGCGCCGCGCUCAAGCUCGGUCAGAUGAUGAGCUUCCAGGACGCCAAGAUGCUACCCGCGCCGCUGCAAGAAGUACUGCAGCGCGUGCAGGACCGCGCCGACUACAUGCCCGCGUGGCAGCGCGACCGCGUGCUCACGGCCAACCUCGGUCCCGCGUGGCGCGACCUCUAUUCCGAGUUUGACGAGAAGCCCAUCGCCGCCGCCUCCAUCGGGCAGGUCCAUAAGGCGCGGCUCGCUGCCAACAGCCGCCGUGUCGCCGUCAAGAUCCAGUUCCCCGGCGUCGCCGACUCCAUCAACUCGGACCUCGACAACCUCGGCGUCCUACUCGCCGCCACCAAGCUCCUCCCGCGCGGUCUGUACCUCGACAGGACGAUUGCCAACGCGCGGCUCGAGCUCGGCUGGGAGUGCGACUAUGAGCGCGAGGCCGCGUGUGCCGCGCGCUACCAGGCCCUGCUCGCCGGUGAGGCAGACGUCUUUGUGGCACCAACCGUAUACCCCGAGGCCUCGGGCAAGCAGGUGCUCACCAUGGACUUUCUCGACGGCGUCGGCGUCACGCGCGUCGCUUCGUUCACGCAGGCCCAGCGCGACUGGAUCGGCACGCAGAUUCUGCGGCUGUGCCUCCGCGAAAUCACCGAGUUCCGCUUCAUGCAGACGGACCCCAACUGGACCAACUUCUUGUACAAUGCCGACACCAGCAAGCUCGAGCUGCUCGACUUUGGGGCCUCGCGCGAGUACCCCGAGGAGUUUGUCCGGCAGUACGUGCAGCUGCUGGCCGCGGCGUCGCGGACCGACCGCGACGAGGUCCGGCGUCUGUCGGAGGGCCUGGGCUACCUGACGGGCCACGAGAGCCGGGCCAUGGUGGACGCGCACGUCCAGUCGGUGCUGACGCUCGCGGAGCCGUUUCUGGCCUCGGCGCCUGAAGUCUACGACUUCCACGACCAGACCAUUACGGAGCGCGUCAAGGCUCUGAUCCCCGUAAUGCUCCAGGAGCGUCUCGCGCCGCCGCCAGAGGAGACAUACAGCCUGCACCGCAAGCUGAGCGGCGCGUUUCUGCUCUGCGCCAAGCUCGGCAGCAAGGUGCGCUGCCGGGACAUGUUUGACAAGGCCGUGGCCAAGUCCGGCUACGUCUAG